CUCAGUUACUACAACCAACUGACAUAGCCCACUGCAGCUCAGAAUUCUAGAACUCAAGCAAUUCACCAUUUUCAGCUUCCCUGGAAACAGAGAUCACAGGCAUGUGCCACCACACCCAGCCGACCAUGAUUUUUUCCUAGGAGAAAAUUCCAUAUCUGGCUAUGAUCAUGAACCAAAUAUUACCCUCAUACUGAGCUCCAGUAGCAGUGUGAUUGCAGAAUUGAAUGAGAUACCUGUUACAAGUUGGAAUUGCUAAAGAAAUCCUGAUGAGUCUGCUCCAUUUUGCAACUAGAAGACUAAUUCUCCAAGUGCUUCGUGAAUUGGGACUGAAGGCUCCUCCUGUCCAUAAAACUUUAAAGAUUUGCAUAGCAAUGUCUCGUCCAAGUUCAAACAUGGCAGAUUUUCGGCGCUUCUUUGCCAGGGCAAAGCAUAUAGCCAUUAUUACAGGAGCAGGGGUCAGUGCUGAAAGUGGUGUGCCAACGUUCAGAGGACCUGGUGGUUUCUGGAGAAAAUGGAAAGCUGAGGACCUCGCCACCCCUGAAGCCUUUGCCCAGAAUCCCUCUCUGGUGUGGGAAUUCUACCACUACCGGCGAGAGGUGAUAUUGAAGAAGCAUCCCAAUGCGGCCCAUGUAGCAAUAGCGGCGUGUGAGGAACGGCUCAGUCUUCAAGGAAGGCGUGUGGUAGUCAUCACUCAGAACAUAGAUGAGUUCCAUACCAAAGCAGGCACUAAGAACAUCCUGGAACUUCAUGGUAGUUUAUUUAAAACAAGAUGCUGCAGUUGUGGAAAUGUGAGAGUGAAUUACAACAAUCCAAUCUGUCCAGCUUUAGAAGGAAAGGGUCUCCCAGAUCCUAAUGCUCCAGAUGCCCAAAUCCCACUUGAAAAUCUUCCCAGGUGUCAAGAAAAUGAUUGUAAUGGCCUCCUUCGACCCCAUGUGGUAUGGUUUGGGGAACAUAUGGACCCCGUAAUUCUUGACUCGGUUAACAAAGAGCUUGCUGUCUGUGACUUAGGUUUAGUGGUGGGAACGUCUUCUUUGGUUUAUCCUGCAGGUAUGUUUGGCCCGCAUGUAGCACUGAGAGGAAUACCAGUGGCUGAAUUUAACACAGUAACCACCCCUGUUACGCAAAACUUCAGAUUUCAUUUCUCAGGACUCUGUGGCACCACUAUCCCUGAAGCACUUUCCCCCCAUGAAUCUGAAAAAACUGGUUGAUUAUUUGUGAACAAAAGAAAAAAAAUGUCAUUUUUAAGUACUAAGCUAUAAAUAAACCAAAACGGGGAUAGGGGGAAGGGCAGGAAACAAACUUGUGGAUAAACAGAGAAUGGUCUCCUGCCCUUAUUACUGAGAAUGAAACCAAUCCAUAGAUAAUCUGGUGGUCAAUAACAAUGUUGAUAACAAACAGUGACCAGUACAAAUUACCCAUCACAUUUGUGUUGAACUGAAACAUGAUUCUUCAAUGUUUUAUAGUUGUGGUAACACUAUUUUCAACCAUCUAGAUUUUUAACCUUUAUUUUAUCUGUAAUUCUGAUAAUAUUUUUUUGUGAUGUGAGGAUAUGGAUUUGCAUUUUUUUGGGUAGGCAGUGAAGCAUUGCCUUUCCUCGGCUCUGAUGUUUACAUAAAUACUUUGGCAGAAAAUAAAUUCACUGUAAUUUAUUGUAUAAA